GGUGGCGGCGGCGGUGGCGGCGGCGGCGCGGAGAGCCGGAGCGGACGAGACCCAGGCUCAAGAUGGCAGAUUCCGACUGAGUUUGGGGGGGCCGACGUCUCGCUUCGCUUUCUCCUUUCCGUUGCCAUGAAUAACGGACAUCCUGGCCCCGAUGGCCCCCAUGUACGAAGGUAUGGCCUCACAUGUGCAAGUUUUCUCCCCUCACACCCUUCAAUCAAGUGCCUUCUGUAGUGUGAAGAAACUUAAAGUGGAACCAAGUUCCAACUGGGAUAUGACCGGGUACGGCACACACAGUAAAGUCUACAGCCAGAGCAAAAACGUACAGCCCUCACAACCAGCCGCCACUACCGUCAGCACCUCCCUGCAAAUUCCCAACCCCAGCCUACCUUACGAGCAGACCAUCAUCUUUCCAGGAAGCACUGGGCACAUCGUAGUAACAUCUGCAAGUAGCACUUCUGUCUCUGGACAAGCCCUUGGUGGACCACACAACCUGAUGCGUCGAAGCACUGUGAGCCUUCUUGACACCUACCAAAAAUGUGGACUCAAGCGUAAGAGUGAGGAGAUUGAAAACACAAGCAGCGUGCAGAUCAUUGAAGAACACCCACCCAUGAUUCAAAAUAAUGCAAGUGGGGCCACUGUAGCCACUGCCACCACAUCUACUGCCACCUCCAAAAAUAGUGGCUCCAACAGCGAAGGCGAUUAUCAGCUAGUCCAGCAUGAGGUUCUCUGCUCCAUGACUAACACAUAUGAGGUCUUAGAGUUCCUUGGUCGAGGGACAUUUGGACAAGUGGUCAAGUGCUGGAAACGUGGCACCAAUGAAAUUGUUGCUAUCAAAAUCUUGAAAAACCACCCAUCUUAUGCCCGGCAGGGUCAGAUUGAAGUGAGCAUCCUGGCCCGGUUGAGUACUGAGAGUGCAGAUGACUACAAUUUUGUCCGAGCUUAUGAGUGCUUCCAACAUAAAAACCAUACCUGCUUGGUCUUUGAAAUGUUAGAACAGAACCUCUAUGACUUCCUGAAGCAGAACAAGUUUAGUCCCUUGCCCCUCAAAUACAUCCGCCCUGUUCUCCAGCAGGUAGCCACAGCCCUGAUGAAAUUAAAGAGCUUGGGUCUUAUCCAUGCAGACCUCAAGCCAGAGAACAUUAUGCUGGUUGAUCCAUCCAGACAGCCAUACAGGGUUAAGGUCAUCGAUUUUGGGUCAGCUAGCCAUGUGUCAAAGGCUGUGUGUUCUACUUACCUUCAGUCCAGAUAUUACAGAGCCCCUGAAAUUAUCCUUGGUUUACCUUUUUGUGAGGCAAUUGACAUGUGGUCCUUGGGCUGUGUCAUUGCUGAGCUAUUUUUGGGUUGGCCUUUAUACCCAGGAGCAUCAGAGUAUGAUCAGAUUCGCUAUAUUUCACAAACACAAGGUUUGCCAGCAGAAUAUUUAUUAAGUGCAGGAACAAAGACAACAAGGUUUUUCAACCGUGAUACAGACUCACCUUAUCCUUUGUGGAGGCUAAAGACACCAGAUGAUCAUGAGGCAGAGACGGGGAUUAAGUCAAAGGAAGCAAGGAAGUACAUUUUUAACUGCUUGGAUGACAUGGCACAGGUAAAUAUGACCACAGAUCUGGAAGGGAGUGACAUGUUAGUGGAGAAGGCCGACCGGCGAGAAUUCAUAGACCUGCUGAAGAAGAUGCUGACCAUCGAUGCAGAUAAGAGGGUCACACCCAUCGAAACCCUGAACCAUCCCUUUGUCACCAUGACACACUUGCUUGAUUUUCCCCAUAGCACACAUGUCAAGUCUUGCUUCCAGAACAUGGAGAUUUGCAAGCGUCGGGUGAAUAUGUAUGAUACAGUGAACCAGAGUAAAACACCUUUCAUCACCCAUGUGGCCCCCAGCACAUCUACCAACCUAACCAUGACCUUUAACAACCAGCUGAACACUGUCCACAACCAGGCCACCAACCUGGCUCCCACCUCCACCAGUGCCACUAUUUCCUUAGCCAAUCCCGAAGUCUCCAUACUAAACUACCAAUCUACACUCUACCAGCCCUCAGCGGCAUCCAUGGCUGCAGUGGCCCAGCGGAGUAUGCCCCUGCAGACAGGAACAGCGCAGAUUUGUGCCCGGCCUGACCCCUUCCAGCAAGCCCUUAUCGUGUGUCCCCCAGGCUUCCAAGGGUUACAAGCCUCCCCUUCAAAGCAUGCUGGUUAUUCUGUGCGGAUGGAGAAUGCAGUUCCAAUUGUCACUCAGGCUCCAGGAGCUCAGCCUCUCCAGAUCCAACCAGGUCUACUUGCACAGCAGGCCUGGCCGAGUGGGACCCAACAGAUUCUGCUUCCCCCAGCAUGGCAGCAGUUGACUGGAGUGGCCACACAUACCUCAGUGCAGCAUGCAACUGUAAUUCCUGAGACUAUGGCAGGAACCCAGCAGUUGGCAGAUUGGAGGAACACGCACGCUCACGGCAGCCACUACAACCCCAUCAUGCAGCAGCCGGCGCUCCUGACUGGCCACGUGACCCUGCCCGCGGCCCAGCCCUUGAACGUCGGCGUGGCCCACGUGAUGAGGCAGCAGCCCACCAGCACGACGUCCUCGCGGAAGAAUAAGCAGCACCAGGCGGUGGCCAGAAAUGUGUCAGCCUAUGAGGUUUCCUCCUCCCAGACCAUCACUUCUCCUCAGCGAUCCAAACGAGUCAAAGAGAACACACCUCCCCGUUGUGCAAUGGUACACAAUAGCCCUGCCUGCAGCACCUCUGUUACAUGUGGGUGGGGUGAUGUGGCUUCCAGUACCACCAAGGAGCGCCAGCGGCAGACAAUUGUCAUACCUGACACGCCCAGCCCCACAGUCAGCGUCAUCACCAUCAGCAGUGACACAGAUGAGGAAGAAGAACAGAAGCAUGCCCCUACCAGCACUCUCUCCAAACAAAGAAAAAAUGUCAUCAGCUGUGUCACGGUUCAUGACUCUCCUUACUCUGAUUCCUCCAGCAACAACAGCCCCUACACCAUGCAGCAUCGAGCAGGCCACAACAAUGCAAACACCUAUGAACCCAAGGGGGCGCUGGAGAGCCACUGCAGCGGGAAUCCCCGAACUAUCAUUGUGCCACCCCUGAAAACCCAGGCCAGCGAAGUGUUGGUGGAGUGUGAUAGCCUAGUACCAGUGAACACCAAUCACCACUCAUCCUCCUACAAGUCCAAGUCCUCCAGCAUCGUGACCUCCACCAGUGGUCACUCUUCAGGGAACUCGUCCGGAGCCAUUGCCUAUAGGCAGCCGAGGCCAGGACCACAUUUCCAGCAGCAACAGCCUCUUAAUCUCAGCCAGGCCCAGCAGCACAUCACAACGGAUCGUGCCGGACCUCACCGGCGUCAGCAAGCCUACAUCACUCCGACGAUCGCUCAGGCUCCGUACUCCUUUCCGCACAACAGCCCCAGUCACGGCACAGUCCACCCUCACCUGGCUGCCGCCGCUGCUGCCCACCUCCCUACCCAGCCACACCUCUACACCUACACCACCCCUGCUGCUCUGGGCUCCACUGGCACCGUAGCCCACCUCGUGGCCUCCCAAGGUUCUGCUCGUCACACCGUGCAGCACACUGCCUACCCAGCAAGCAUUGUUCACCAAGUCCCUGUUAGCAUGGGGCCUCGGGUCCUGCCCUCACCCACCAUCCACCCGAGUCAAUAUCAAGCUCAAUUUGCCCACCAGACCUACAUCAGCGCCUCUCCAGCCUCCACCGUCUACACUGGAUACCCAUUGAGCCCUGCCAAGAAUCAUGUAUCCAUUCUGCACCAAACUGGAGAGGAGAAGAGAGCAGCAGGAAGAUCCCAGAACUUGGGGCCCCAGUUUUUGAAGAACUUUACCUAUAGACUUUUGAAAGAUUAUUUUCAUAUGACAGCAAGUGACAUUUAAGAAAUUGCUGUCAGGGACGCCUGAAACCGAAAUCCACUAGGUUUUUAAUCAAUUGAACAUAAGAAAAAGGGAUUUUUCCAGAACUCUGAAGGGUCCACAGCCCUCCUGAGCAUCGGGCUGUGAUCCAAGGGCACUGAUACGUAGUCAUUAUUCUGGGGAUAGAAGAGAUGGGGAGGGGGGUGUGGGGUGAGACAUAAGAGAGAAGGGGGCCUAGCAAGGCUCUUCACUGUCUUGAAUUCAAAUUCACGCAUUCAUGUUUGGCAUGAUAAGAAAAGGCCGGCGUGAUGGACGAUCUCCUGGAGAAGGCCUGAUUUUCCCUUCUGAGCAUUCUGGAUCAAUCCCUAAGCAAUGUUAUUCCUAAAACUGUCAUUAAUAAUGUAUUUGAAAUGCUGA